UGUACACACACACACACACACACAGAAACAUGUACACACACGCACAGAGACACAUGUACACACACGCACACAGGCACGUACAGACAUGCAUACACACAGAUACAUGUACAUACACAGAAAUAGACACGCACAGACACAUGUACAUACAUACAGACACACACGUACAUGCACACACACACAGACACAGACACACAUACAUACACGCAGACACACCCCCAUAAAAAGUUGCAGUACUUCGUUGUUCACUCACAGAGCCGGGUACUGCACUCUAGGGGAAGGCAAGGAGCACAGCACACACUCCUUCCUUUGCUUUCACUGCGCUCAGGUAUUGAGCAGUCUGACGGCUCCCAGCGCCAAUGACAGAUCCGGCCUGAGCUCCAAGCCUGCUCAGCAAGACGGCCCUGGGGGACACGCUCUCGCCCCCACCAUAAUUUCCACUCGCCACUGGCGAGCAGGCGAGUGGAAAUUUCAAGCCCCGAUAUAAU